CCUCUUGACCACUCCAUCCGCCUUAUCCUCUCCACAGAAAGCUCUGAAGACAUGAAGGCCAACAAUCCACUCCGGGAAGAACAUCCCAGAUCCUUUAGUAUCAGGGAUUCUCUACAUAUGGUGUGGGUCCUGGAUGGAAAUUCUUUAAUAGCAGUACCUGAUAGCAGCAACAUCCAACCUGUCACUCUUGACUUACUACCAUGUCGAGACACAGAAUUCAGUGAUGAAGAAAAAGGUAAUCUCGUUUACCUGGGAAUUAAUGGCAGAGACCUCUGUCUGUUCUGUGCGGAAAUUCAGAACUGGCCUACUUUGCAGCUUAAGGAGAAAAACAUCAUGGACCUGUACCUGGAAAGCAAAGCACAGAAGCCCUUCCUCUUUUUCCACAAUAAGGAGGGCUCCACCUCCGCCUUUCAGUCAGCCUCUUACCCCGGCUGGUUCAUAGCCUCCUCCACGGCAGGACAGCCCAUCGUACUCACCCAGGAGAGGGGCCAAACUAACAACACUGACUUCUAUUUAAGUCCCGUGGAUCAAACCCAGCCUAGGCUGUGGAUGGCUGAUUCCAGGAUAGAGAAUCAAGCAGUCAGAGAAUCUCAUGUUUGGUAACCGUAGAUCAUCUUACGAGACCACUGCACCCUUAGUCUCUCAGUUCUCAAAACCAGUGAAGUCAGCCCCGAAAUGCUCUCACAUGCAGCCCUCUCCCUUCCUAUUUCUUUGCCAACCCAUACAUUUUUGUUCAUACAACCCUGGUCAAUACAAG